UGUAAACAAAGCGGCCGAGGGCGAGAAAAGGCUGACCUCGAGACACACUUUCUACACCCUUUUCCUUCACUCUAAGUCGCGCUGUGAGUGUGAGGCUCGAGUUGCUACAAUGUAAGGCUCCAGAGAUGCCCCCUGACUUGCCUGAGGCAACGAGCCUCUCCUCGGUGGUCACAAAUGUUUCCAGCAGAAGUGCCGGAGCUGGUGACCGAGAAGAUCCUGCAAAACAAGAAAAUGGAACGGAACACUCAAGCACUUCCAGCACCCCAACCAGUGCUGAAACUGGAGGUUCUCAGCCCCCCAGUGCAGCAGGUGGUGGCUGUAAAAUGUAUUAUAUCACACCUCAGCUCAGAGAUGCCUUUGCGUCUGUUGGAGCAGUGCAUAAACCAUACCAGUUUAAAGAGGUUCUGCAGUUGCUGAAGACUUAUCUUUAUAGUAAUCGCAGCUUAUUCGACCCACAAGAUAUUCACUAUGUUAAUUGUGGUGGUGAUUCCCUUGGGAAAGCUUUUGGAGUAAAUCGAUUCCACUUUAAUGAUGUAAGGACUCUGGUAGCUAAGAAUCUGAUUCCUGUGGAAUCAAGGUUCCAGACACAGCCUGUAAAUCAGGAACAGGCAUCAAAUGGAUCUUUAGAUCCAUCAACUAAUAUCAAUAGUAAUAGUGUAAGGACACAAAAUACAGCAAAUGUAAAUAAUAAUGUAGAUACAACCAAUGACAAAACAGAGACAGGUGUUUCAGAAGCCCCUGUCAAUACAGUGAAUACCCAGAAUGGUGAGGCAAGUGCUGAACCCCAAACACUUCCUGGAUCAUCCAGAAGUAGUCAGAGAACCAUUUCAGGCAACAGAAGAUCCAAGAGUUUUGCUGGUCUGUACAAGUUCUGUAUCCCGGAAGUUCCUGACACAAAUUCAGAAUCAGAGACGGAUUAUAGUUGUCAAGGAUAUGAAACUGCAUACUGCCGGAACACAGAGUUUGAGGAGAGCAGCUCGGAAACAGACUGCUACAUCGACGAGUAUGAAAUUGCCUCCUUUGACGAGCAAGACCAGAAACAGUCCGACGAGGGAGAUUCUGAUAUUGAGGAUGUAGAGGUGGCCGUGUUUGCUAUCCACACUCUCUGCCAGGACGACUCCGAGCAGGGCUUCUGGGCGGACGACUCGCAGACCGAGAGCCAGUCUACGGACUCGGAUCCAGAGCUCGUGGCAGAGAGGUGGAACUGCCUCAGCUGCGGCCUGCGCAACAAACCCUUUGUGCGCUACUGCGGCAAAUGCUGGCAGCUAAGAAAGGACUGGCUCCCAGAACGAUCCAAGAAGAGAAAGAGAAGGAAACCGAGGCCCAAAAAGAAGGCUAAGAAAUUGAAAGAGCAGACUGAGGAGCAGAAAAAGAAGCAGGAACCAUCUGCAGAAAAGUCCAGCCUGCCAGGGGAUACAGCAGGCCCCUCCCACAAAAAGGAGGUGCUCCUAAUAUCUAGCACGCUGGAGGCGCCGUCCACGGGUUCACUGGAUCGCUAUGGCUCCCAGGACUCAGGGAUAUUCAUGUCCCAAGAAAGUCUGAAUGAUUUCAGUAACGAUUCUGCAGCUGCAAAUAAUGCGAAAACAGAGCUGGGGUCCUCUGAGUUUGUCAAGCCGGAGGGUCGGUCCCCUCUAUCUCGGCAGUUGUCUCUCCCCAGCAGUUGUGACAGUGGGGACGGCAAGGUCAGGAGGAAGAGGAGGUCAUCCCUUUCCCUGGAAGUGGAAAUGCCUCCUUCCAAAGCCUCAAAAUCUUCCGACUGGCCAGGAAAAGAGGACAGCCAGAAUGAUGAAUCCGAUGCUCGGUCUGAAGAAUUCAUCAAGUUCUUGCAGUCGAGUGCAGGAAAGAAGUGCUUUUUACAGUUCCUGCAGUCGAAUUCUGGGAAGGAUUGGCUCAGGUCAGAUGGUAAAUUGUUCCAGUGGUCCCAGCCAGUACAAGAAACAUGCAUGGAAGCCCUUGGAACCAGUACCUCUUCUAGCUUGUCUGGCAGAUGUUCACCAGAAACCAUAUCAGGGCUGUCCCUCUUGUGCUCCAUUUGUUGUUUACGUCCCAAAAAUGCAUCAAUUAUUCAUGGUAGACUGUCGCACCAAGCCACCUGCUACCAGUGUGCCAGACGCUUACAUGAUAGUGGUGGGCGAUGUCCUGUGUGCCGCCGAAAAAUACACAUGGUAUGUAAGCACAUCAUUGCAUGAGGUACAUUUUUGUAUAGUUUCAUGAUUGUGUAGAUAUGUAAAAUAAUUGUCUAGAGAAGAAGAAGAGAGAAAACUGUAUUCCUCUGUUUGAAUGAAUGGCUAGAAUUUUUUCUUUAUCUUUAUUAUUAUAUAUAUUUUUUUUAUUUGAUUUUAGUUUGUUGUUUCUGGUUUCUGUUUUACACAUCUUGAUACCCACAAACUGAGUAACUUCCUAAAAACAUGAGUUUAUAUAAGCAACCAUGCAUGUGGUAGAUAUUUUUUACUUUGAUAUGAAUGAUUAACCACUGUAAUGAGUUGGCAAGAACAGGCAUUUCUAACCUUGAGAAGCUAUCCACUCUCUAGGUCUUCCACAAAAGACAAAAAGUACCAUAUUUGACAGCUUACAUACUCUCUCUUGGACGAGAUAUGACUGUUGCUUCAUUUGCUUUUCCAUGUCUCCCCUUCUUACUUAAUUACAGUGUGCAGAAUAUGUUUAAAAAUAGCCAUGUCUUGCGGUUAUAAAGUUUAGUUUCAGUGUUAAGUGGUUUUACACAUUACUGUAAGAGAAAACAUGAAGAGAUUUUUCUUGAUUAUUUAGUUUCAUUAGAUCAGUUUAUAUGUUGUUACAUUUAUGAUUUUCAAUGAUUAUUCUUUCCAGUGGUUGCUUUAUACUGCAUGAAAGCAGAGUUGUAAUCUGGUUUACAUUUUCAUUUGUUAUGAUUACAGGGCUGUACAUUUUUGUUUAUGUUUAUGGGUCAUGCAGAUAUAUAUUGUAUCAGUAGUAUAUUUAUAUUUGAAUCUUUCCAAAACUAAAGCAAAUAAUGAUGGAAGUAUGCAUUCUAGACAGAGUCGUAAGUAAUACUCCUUUAUAAUCUUUAUAUCACACGAUUGUUAUAAAAGUAGAUAGAGAUGUCAGUAUUAGGUGAAGAACAGGUAUAUACUUGCAUUUUGAAAGCUGAAAGCAUUGAGCAGUUAUUAUCUGUUGCAGUGGAGAGUAACUUCUGUUUGAAAGACAUGACAUCAUCUCACUUCAGAGAGUUGUUACUUUUAUGUGAUGAGUUUUCUUUCACAGGAUGUGAAUGCUUUUGUAAAAUGUCGUAAAAUGGAGUCAUUAGUGAUAAGAUUCGUAAUUCCUGAUUUUUUUAAACAAUUUAAGUGUGCUGUUUGUCUUGUUUUGACCCACUGUAUAUAAUAAAGAUAUAGAUGUUAAUGUUUUUAAUGAUUAGAGUACUGUGUAUGUGAAAUCCUCUAGGUGCUCAAAGUAGCAAGAAAAUGACAGGAUCUCUCAGUCAUCUCCUUUGAACUUAUUUUUUGGAAUGGGAGUGGAGCAUUAUAGUAUGUAGUCUUCACGCAUAUCUUCCUUUUUUAACCAAUAAAUAAUUUUUUGUACACUAAACCCAUUAAUUCCUUAUUGUAUCAGUCUGUAACCUUUAUGAAAAGUUUGUUAUAAGUAUCUACAUUUGCACUGAAGCGAAUUAGAUAUUUUCCUCCAUACCAUAUAGCUUGUUAUGCGUUUUUUCGUCACAAGUCACAAGUUUUCCCCGUGGGACAUAGUUCAUUUUGGAUGUGGAUGAGAUUUCCCGAGCAGCAUUUUGUAUUUUUCUCCCAAGCAUUUUAAGUUUGGGGGGAGUGAGGUGUGCAUAAUUCAGUACAGUAGUGUUGGCCUAGAUGUUAUGUAUUCUUAUAGUGGCCUUAUAUCACCUGUUACCACUAUAGUUGUUUCUUGGCUGAUACUUGAUACUUGAAUGAGAUGGUACUGAAUGUUUUCUGAAGAUCAAUGUAGGAAAUUGAUUGACUGAUUUCUUUGUGACAUGAGCCAUAUUUGCUGUUAUCAGAGGAGUCUAGUGUGUUGUUUUGCCUGUGGAAUUUGAGAGAAAGUGAAAUGGAUGGGAUUAAAUUUCUCAAGAAUUAGAUCUGAGUCAUACAUUCUGUUCAUGUGUCAUACAGAUUUCUGUUUUGAGGAUGUGAUGCAUAAGAGCUUUAGAAAAGGAUGAAUUUAGAUUGUGUAUAGUCUGAGGUAAAAGAUUCAUUUUAGAGUAGAGCUUGUCUAUUUAUAGUGAAAAGGGAGUUUAAACUGACAGAAUGGCUUGCUCUCUCACUCUCCCUUUCUCUUUCUUUCUUUCUUUCUUUUUCUCUCUCCUCUCCCCUCCCCUCCCCUCCCUCUCUCCUUAUUUUUUUUCUCUUCUCCUUCCUCCCUGUCUCUCGCCUACUUUCUCUUGUUCUCUCCCUUAUUUCUUUCUCCUCUCCUUUCUCUGUUCCUUCAUCCUCUGUUUCUCUCUCUCUCUCUCUCUGUUUUUCUUUUUUUCUCCAUUUUUCUUUCCCUUCUUCCUAUAUUAUCUCCCUACUCCCCAUUUUUUUUAUUUUUAUCUCUUAUCCCUCACUUUUUAUCCUUUCUUCCUUCUCACUCUUCCCUGUCUUUCUCCUUUUAUACCCUCUUCCUUCUCCCUGUCUUUCUCCUUUUAUCCCUUCUUCCUUCUCCCUCUACCCUCUCUUUCUCCUUUUCCGUCUCUUUGACACCCCCCCCCCUCCUCUCUCUAUCCCAUAUUCUGACAUUUGUUCCUUGGAGAUAUACAGGUAUAGUUUGCUACUGAUCUCAUGCUAUUUAUCUAUUUACAGUAUAAUCAGGAAUUUCUCACUGUAUUUUUUUGUGGUAAAUAGAAAAAGUGCUUAUUCAUUCAUCUUUGAACUUUAAGCUUCAUAAAUACUGUACUGUAUUUGAUUUUUUUUUUUUCUUAUAUAAAAAGUAAUAUGCUUUUGUAUAUCAUAUAGAACUGUAAUUAUUUGGGAUGCAAGUCAAGACCCAUUGUGUUGGAUAGGAGUGUUAACACCACCAUUUCUGCAGUAAAGGCAUAUUAACAGUUUUAGUAACUUGAAGAAAUUUUCUUUACUUUCCAGUCAAUGAAAAGUGUAGAGUAACCCCUCCCUUAUCUCAUUUUUAGCAAUUUAUAUUUUUUUUCCAAAUUGGUCUUCUUUCGAUCCACCAUUGAUAGGUAUUUACAGAAAGCCUGCCAGUUUCAAACUUUUUUUUUUAGUCAUUUUAGAUCUCAAGAAGUUCCCCCCACAUUUAGAAUAAAGCCAAACUCGAGGUCUGUGAUUUUGUAUUAAAGAUGCUGUCAUCAUGCAUAUUAGAAAGAUGGGUUGCCUAAAUAUCAAAUAUUUCUUUAUGAAAUUCCUUUAAAUAUAUUUUUUUAACCCAAUAUAUAAAGGCUAAAUACUGUAACCACUGUAGCCCAUAGAACUUUGAGCCAAAGUUCCUAUUGGAAUCAUCAAUAAUCAUGUAUAUAGUUAGCAGGACACCAUUCAUAGACUGAAAGCUUAGCAGGAAUAGUCCCAGAAUAAUGUUAAAAGAACACAGAGUACACAGAAUACUGAUGAGUGUCAUUGCUUCAUUAACUUGCUAAAAAUAUCAGUUCCCAAUAGGAAAUAUUUAUUGCCAUUGAAAAGCAGACCAUAUCUUUGCUUUCAUACUAUGUAAAAAGUGAAUUGGUUGUCCAUAAAAAAAAAAAAAAAAAAAAAAAAAAAGUUUCUUCCCCCCCCCCCCAAUUAAUGUACAGAUGUGACAAUAAAGUGAGGAAUAUUUCAUAAAAAAUAGUUGGUUCUCUUUACAUUGGCUUGACUGAUUUCGGGACAGCAUCUUUACAUUUACUUGGAAGAUAUUUGCUCAGCUGAAGGACAAAUAAUUCCUUUAGAACUAAUAUGAUUUUUUUCCCUUAUAUUUUUUUCAUUUCAUUAACAAACAGUUAUGAACUAUUUUACCAAAUAGUAUGUACAAGAUAUAUUGUGGAAUAAAUGAGAAAUUGGGUAGUUUUACGCAGUUGAGGUUUGAGGGUUCCAUUGGUUUUGAAAUAUAAGGACACGGCUGCAGUUUUGAUUAGCUCUAGUUACAAAAUAAAUAAGAAAUAACAAUAGGAAUUUAAAUAUUAUACAAUUAACACCCACUCCCCUCCAUAAUUUUGAUCAUUUUAAUUAUACCUGUGUAAUCAUAAAUACUUCUUAGUUACAAAAAUAAACAAGUAUUAAUAAUAGGAAUUUUUAAAAAUAUAUAAAAUAAACACCCAAUCCCAUCUGUAUUCCUUUGUAAAACACCACCACUGUAAGCAAACUAAAUAGUGUCUGUUCCAAUUAUGUUAAAUGCGUACCUGACUAGACUUAAGGAAAUCUGUACAUAAAGAUAUUAUAUUGUCAACCUUUAUUCAAAAUAAUAUACAGACACUGAUCAUAGCAAGAAUAAAGAAUUGACAGUCAAAACAUAUUGGUAUUUGCUGGUACCUACCUACCUAACUACUUUAUAUAAUAUUUUCUCUGACCUAAUCAGUGAAGUAAAUGUUCUAUUUGACUAAUAUAAAACAAUCACUGUAUUCCAAAGCAAAGUUUUAUUUUUACAUGAGACAACAUUACUAUUAAGAUGCAAAAACACCAAUACACAUAUUUGCUUUGGAAUUA